AUCAUACGUGUUCCAAUUAAAACCUGCGAUAGUAACUCAAUCCUGCCGAGCAAUGUCGGAAUGGGACCGCCAGUCCAGGUGAAUCAAGCGACUAAACAAAACGUCUACAUCAGCCGUGAUUCGGUCUCUGUUCCCGGCUUUGAUCAGCAUUUCAUCAGAAAUAACAUAUCAUAUGUCCAAGACACAUCUUUAGAUGCACCUCCAAAUUCUAUACUCGCUGUGAUAAAGUCGGUGGCGAUAGCCACAAACCGACGAACCUCGUUGGGGAACCGAUAUAUAUAUUUUAAAACUGGAGCAAAGGUUCUAACAAUAAAACAGACUCGAUUUUUGCGACAAACAUUGCUAAUAUGGAUGUCGCCGGCAGUGUUAACAUCAGCACCAUAAGUGAAAUCGGCACAAAUUUUUUCGAAAACAAUACAAACAACAAUCUAGUUCCUACAAACGAAGCUAACAAGUCGAAUCAGAAUAGCCAGAACCAAUCAAAUGUUUUCCGCAACAAAUCGAAACACAAGACGAAAUCGACAAAGCGGCGUCUAUAAGCAAUGGUAAGCUUGUGCAAGCUGAAGACGAAGAGAACGCCAAAGCUAACUCUGAAAACAAUACAUCGGCCAUCAUAGAAAUCAAAACUGGUUUACCAUAUCCAGAAGGCCAAUGGGCUCCUCACAAUUUAGACAGGAAGAAAGUAUAUGACAAGGAAUUUUUAUUAUCUCUAAGGAACAGUCCCGCUAGCAGAAAAAAACCAGACAACUUGCCUGAUGGUGUUGCAAGACUUGGUGAUGGGAGAUAUUCCAUGGGAGGUAGAACUGAUUUUGCAAAUCCACCUUUUCCAAAUUACGUGGCCACCCCCAAAACGUAAUCCUCAAUCUAGUAAAGUCGGUGGCGGCGGGGGUAAAAAGAGGAAACCUCAAGUUAUCAAAACGUCGAUUUCUAUCAGGGAAGAUGUCAAACUGCAUGAAGUGAAAAAUAUUUGGAGACCUGCACGGUUUAGGAAGGAUGAUAAUAUGUCUGACGAUGAAAGAAGAGCUGAAGAAUUAUAUAAAAAAAUCAGAAGAGUGCUCAAUAAAUUAACUCCCCGGAAAUUCGAACUGUUAUUUAGUCAAGUAGGAGACUUACAAAUUGAUACAGAAGAACAGUUACAAAAAGUAGUCGACAUGGUGGUCGAGAAAGCUGUGAACGAAUCUAAUUUUUCGGUUGCGUAUGCGUUGAUGUGUAAGAAGUUGGCUCUUACGCAGGUACCUGCUGCCAACAGUACUGAACAUAAAAAAGAAUGUGUUCAAUUUCGUAAAUUGUUGAUGACAAGGUGUCAAUUGGAAUUUGAGAAACAAUCGUAUGAUGAAACAAUUAGGAAUGAUAAAGUUAAAGAAAUUAAAGAAUGUUCCGACUUUGAAAAGAAGAAGGAGCUGCAAUUUGAACUAGAAGAAUAUGACCGUCGGUUGCGAAUGAAGUCAGUCGGAAUUAUUCGGUUUAUAGGUGAACUAUUUAAGCAGCAGAUGCUGACAACCAACAUAAUGAUGAGAUGUUUGGAUAACUUGUUAGACAAUAAAGAUGAAGAAAAUUUAGAAUGUUUAUGUAAGUUAUUGACAACAAUCGGUAAAGAACUAGAGAGAGAGGUCAAUUUAAGUCCUAUUUUUAACUCGAUGAAAGAUAUUGUCGACAAAAAAUUCGGAAGAAUUAGUAGUAGGGUUAGAUUUAUGCUACAAGAUGUGAUAGAUCUUAGGAAAAAUAAGUGGGUGCCACGCUGCCAAGAUUUAAAUCUUAAAACCAUAGAUCAAAUACAGAAGGAAGCAAAAAAUGAACAAUUGAAUAUUCAGGUGAAGAAUUCAAUACCAAGGACUGCUAGAAAAGAUGAUCGAGGUAGCAGUGCUGGUGCUAAUUCAGAUAGGAAUAGAAGAAACGUUUCAGAUGUUGGUUGGCAGACUACUGCUUCUAGAAAUAGGAUGCCAUUUACUGUCCAAAGUGAUAAGUUAAAAAACAAGCCUCCACAAACCGAUGAACCGUUGGGGAGCCGACAGAUGUUUGGCAACUGGAGCAAAGGUUCUAACAUUAAAACCGACCCAACUAACAUGUACGUACAUACAGCUCUUGAACGUAUCGAUACCGAAAGACGGCCUUCAAGUUCUAUAAUGAAUACAGUUCCAUGCAGUUCUAAGGGACCGAGCUUAGAACGUAGUAAUUAUAAGCAUAAAUCAUAUGAUGGAAACGGUUUAAGAUCUGGAUCACAACAUAGAUCAACGGAAAGAGAAAUUUCACUUCCUGCAAGUCAGAGGGUUGCACCCACGAUAAUUCCUGCACAAAACACAGCGGAGAAAGAGGAGGAACCACUAUCUUUUUUCGAUCUGAUAUCAAGGGAAGAGUUCGACAGAAUGAUCACGGAUGUUUUAGAUAAAAUACACAUUUUUGAAUACAGAAAGCGUAAGUUGUAAUUCAGAAAGCAUAUGAAUGAAAAUCAGAUUUUGUAUUUUUUAUUUUAAAUUCUGCUUUACAUGUAAAAAUAAUAAUCAAUACAAAGUAA